AAACAACAAAAAAAACUGGGAGACAAAGACGACAGCUAUAAGGUGUGUAAAUUACCCGAUUACCCGAUUACCCGACCUUAAUGAGCAUCUUCUGUUUUCUUCAAUGGUGAUCAAUGCUCACUUUUAAUUCAUGUACCUUUCCUUCUUAAUCACUCUUUUACUUCACAACCUCUAUAUUUAACUACCUUCUUUUUCUUCUACCCAUUUUUCUCAACCACUGCUUCUUCUGAGUCUCACUUCUCCUUUCGCGUUUUCACCAUGGCGGAUCUCGGCCCCAGCUCUGAGAUUUCAUUCGCUCAAACUUUUAUCUGCAGUGCUUUCGCUGCCUGUUUUGCUGAGUUCUGUACCAUUCCUUUGGAUACUGCUAAAGUAAGGUUACAACUCCAAAGGAAAGCAGCUACAGUGGAUGGAGAGAAAUCAGAGUCAGUGAAUGGAGGAGCUUCACCAAAAUACAGGGGCUUGUUGGACACUAUUGCCACCAUUGCCAGGGAAGAAGGUUUAGCUUCACUUUGGAAAGGCAUUGUUCCAGGAUUACAACGCCAAUGCCUUUAUGGUGGAUUAAGGAUUGGGUUAUAUGAUCCUGUCAAGACUUUCUUUGUUGGCAGUGCUUUUGUUGGAGAUGUUCCUUUGUAUUAUAAAAUACUUGCUGCUCUGAUAACUGGAGCUCUGGCUAUUGCAUUGGCAAACCCAACUGACCUUGUGAAAGUUAGACUUCAAGCUGAAGGGAAGUUACCUCCCGGGGUUCCCAGACGCUAUUCUGGAGCUCUUGAUGCAUAUUAUACUAUAGUUAGACAGGAAGGAUUAGGGGCUCUAUGGACUGGACUAGGACCAAAUGUAGCCCGGAAUGCGACAAUAAAUGCUGCUGAGCUGGCUAGUUAUGACCACAUCAAGCAGACAAUUUUAAAAAUUCCAGGGUUCAUGGACAAUAUUUUCACUCAUAUCCUAGCUGGUUUAGGUGCAGGUUUGUUUGCCAUAUGUAUUGGUUCUCCCAUUGAUGUGGUGAAGUCUAGGAUGAUGGGAGAUUCAAAUUAUAAAAACACCCUUGAUUGCUUCUUUAAGACUUUGAAAAGUGAGAUGGGAUUCAUAACGGGGAAUUGGACCAUCAUAUUUGACCUUCGUUCGAAUGAAUAUAUAUAAGUUUGCUUUCUUUCGACCUCUGUGACUGAAGAAAUUUCGUCACAUUGUGGCUACUCACUAUCCUAGUUAAUACAGAUUAAUUAAAAGAAACUUGGAAUUUUACUAUCAUACUAUCUGUUAACUUAAAAACUCAAAUAUGUACUAUAAGUAUAAAAGAAUAUAUUUUGGUAUGCCCGCAUGAUGAUCUUGCAAGGUAAUCUAAAAGAAACCCUAUUAGCUAUUGGAUUUAACUCAAUGACAAACCCUAUCAGCUGUAAGAGUAAGAGAUGGAAGAUUGAAAACUGAGAAUGUACCAUGCCUUUGCAGCUGAGUCUUCUUGUUUUGUACUGGUGUUUUUUUUUAUUACUGUAAUUCAUCGUGUUUCAUAAGUUACCAUCCUGUAAUUUUUGUCUGUUGCAAUUGUA